AGGAAAUUUCAGUGUGUAAAAAUAUAGUCGCCUUUCAUUGUUCUUUUCCAGGUGUUACAUUGUGUAACAUUGCAUGAUGGCAGACAGAAAGCAACCCGUCAAGGCCGUUUCCCGUAAACGUGGCUCAGAUAAGACGAGACGUUUUCCGCACUUGAAGCCCCUCUCCGUCUAUUCUCACAUGGUCUUCUCCAAAGCCACCACUUCCUGUUCGUCAGAUCCGUCCUGGAGUCCUGACGCUCCUUCCUGGAACUUGAAAGUUGAGUUCAGUAACAGCAGGGCAUCUGUAGGACGCAAGAGGCGACUGGAUGAUCUGUGCCCUGAUGAUGCGUACAAUAACCCUCAGAAAAAACCCCGCCUUGACGGACGCUCUUCUCCAGAUUUAGAUUCCUUCGAUACUUUCCGUCAAGUGAAGCUGGUCUCCACGCAAUCCAGCUCCGUAGUCCUUGAUCGGAUUAGGAGAGUUGAAGAAACUCUGUCUGAUCAGAAACCGUUAGGCGUGGGCUGGAUUGAUGGUAGUGAUAAAACUGAUGGUCAGAGCAGCGUGUUACUUCCUGUUGUUCACGCAAGCAGCCCGGGGAUUGUAAACACGGAAGACCGUGCAGAUGCUAUUGCGUUCAAUUAUGACGCGGAUGAGAUCAUGUGUCUAAGUCCGAUUGACGGUGCCUAUGUCAGUGCUGAUGGUCUAGAGGAUUUCGUUCACUCUUUUAAUGAAGAGCAGUUUCCGGCUGAGGAAAGCCGAGCGAAACAAGGGAAGGUGGAGUACUCACUUGGCAAAGACGCACAAACCGGAAGCGAUGAGGGUUAUUUUACAAAAUCAUUUUUCACACCUGACCCAAAGGAAACAAAGGACAAAACAGAAAGCCAGAUCAACAAAAGCGAGGAGUUUUCUUUUGUAAAAUCGUAUAAAAUCACUGUCCCGAAUUUGUCAAAUGACAAAACACCACCCGUGUCCUUCCCAAUCAUGUCCACCCCAUUGGACAAAUUUAGGAAGCUUGUUAAGCGAGCCCCAAUAUUAAGUCCUAAGCUAAACCUGGAGAAAGAGAGCUGGUCCUCACCUAUAAAAGUUUGCAAGCCUGUAAAAGAGCCCUCUGCCAUUUCUUUAAGUGCAGAAACAGAAGCAUUUCCCAUAAUCCCCUUGUUGAAUGUUAAUGAGGGUAACGGAGGUGUGGCGAUCCACAAGUCGUUAGCAUGCCACCAUCAGGAGACGCACACUGCUACCCAGGUGAAGGAGGAAGAGGAUGUGCUGUCGGUCAGUCAGCAGCAGGCUGCCUCCGAGAUUCAGGUGAUGUUCAGCGAGGAAGCAGACACAGAAGACAGCUUCAAUAGCACGCUGCCUCUCCAGGUCCAGGUGAAGUCAAAGGUGGUUUUGCCCAACAAACAGCGACCAGAGGCAGUCAAAGAACCAACACACCAACAUCCAGAGAAAGCAGCAUCUGAGGGCCAAAGAAAUGUCUUCAGAGAUGUCCCAAGACCAGUGAUCUUAUACAGAGAGCAGGACUGGGAGAAAGAGAAGAAGGCGUACGUCGACUCCGUGACGAGACACAUAGCCGAUAACGUGGAAGAUGGAGCAAUGACUGAGCUUUUGCAUCUCAUGAACACCGUGGCCAAUCAGGGUGGAGUAAGUGAUGGGAGAAAGUGGCAGCACCCGUCUGACCUCACACGCAGAAACUACCGGUUGCGUAAGAGCAGCCGUUUGCUCUCGCUGGAUGAAUGGCAGAACCUGAACUACCGUAACCAUCGCCGCUUUGCUAAAGUGCCUCAGACGUUCAAGCGAAGCCCCGUGCUCUAAUACUUUCCAGCAAAGCAAACGUCGCACCCUCCCCAGCCCAAAAUGCUCUGGUUUUCCCCUCUGUGUUAAUGACACUGAACUCAAGACCCAGUUGGUGCCUCUUGCACUUCUCUUUGUGUGUUUGGAAAAAAAUAUGUUGUUUUGGACUAUUUUGUGUGUGUGUAUGUUAGAUUUUAGAUGUUUGUGUUUUGGCACUGGUGCAACAAAUUCGCAGCAUGUUUGUCAUAAGAAAUGAAGUGAUUUCUUAUUCUUUGACUUCUCUCCCUUUCUUCAAGCAUUUGGAUUGUGGGGUUGUGAUUUUCUUUUAACUAUCUCUUUCUCUCUCUCUCUCUCUCUCUCUCUCUCUCUCUCUCUGUAUAUUACACAUGUAGUUGUGAAUUUUAUCUAAGGUGAUUUUUAUCCCCGUCUUCUAAAGUACAUACCUCUAACAGCCACUUAUAGAUUUUUGUCACUUGAGCCCCGAAUGCACAAACACUGCCUAGAACCUGCACUCUUGUGCUUGUGUGUGCCUUUGGACUUGGAUCUGUCCCGUCUUUUAUUUUCCGUGGGUUCCUGAUUUUUUUGUGUACAGUUUUGCAGGUAUGUUUUUUUGUGUGUGUUUUCACAGUUUUAGGCACUUUUUGUAGCAUGUGUUUGGUUUCAAAGGAAAAUUAAAUGAUGGAAAAUCCUCCUCAGCUUGUUGUCUCAGUGACCGGGUCACAUGGGUCUACAGUUUCGUACAUGGGAGUUCGUUUAUUACGCUAUGGUCAGUUUCUCCGAGGGCGAGAAAACAUUUUGGCUAACAAAACUUUCAGUAAAUGCUUUAUCCUGAUAGAACCAACUAUCUUAGCAAACAUUGCCAAAUAAAUAACUCCCGAAAAUGGUCGGAUUCCUUUGGAACCAAGCAGAAGUGGGAUUCGAUAUAGAAAACAGUCCCUUGCACACUUGUAGCCUGGAGCCAUGAGUCAGGUGCUAGAGUGGUUGAUGAAAUAAGAUUUGAACAACAGUCAGAUAUACAAUAUAUGGGCAAAAGUAUGUGGACACCAGACCAUUCUUCCACCAAACUGUUGCCUGUAUAGGAUGUCUUUGUAUGCAGUGGCAUUAUAGUUUCCUCUCCAUGGAUCCAAAAGUCCUAAACCGGUUUCAGCAUGUGGAAGAUGGUCAAAGAGGACGGACAUCAACCCCACUGAACUUUGGGAUUAACAGGAACACCAAGACUUCCUCCUCACAUGACGUACAUGCCUGACCUCAUUAACGCUGUGCACAAAUCCUCACAUGAACACAAAUACCCAGAAUGGUGGAGGCGA